AUGAGAACAAGCCCCCAUAUUAUACCACAGGCCGAAGCCAGGUCUGUCGGAUUGGCCCUGUCCGCUUUCAAGGGGAAUUUGCCGGCCACACUCCACAUAUGCACCGACAACCCGACAGUAAUGCCCAUUAUGGGGAAAGGCAGCGCACAUUCCGAUGCGCUGGUUGGGGAGGCAAGGCACACCGACAGGGCGCCGCGCGAAAAAGGCCCAAACGCCACACCGGGCUAUGUCGCAUUAGAAAAUAAUUCUGCGGAUGGCAUCCCGUGUGAGGUGAAGGUUUUGCCGACGGACAUCGCGAAGGGGUGGGGCUUGCGAAGGGGAGCGCGGGAGGCGGGUUAA